UAUCGGGGCCAACGGUCGACGAUCAAAACAUGGCAGAUUACAAAUGUAUAAAUGAAUCUCCGGAUUACUAGUACACUUUCAACGGGGAAGGAAAAAAAAAACACAAAAACGCAACUGUUUCUCAACUUGACCCGCGACGCCACAGAUUUGUCAUAUUGGGCACCGAGAGGACUCAUUGAGAGAUGAAGACUCUGGAGGAGCCCCCCUACCUAACAGUGGGGACGGACGUGAGUGCCAAGUACCGAGGGGCUUUCUGCGAGGCCAAGAUUAAGACCGCUAAGAGGCUGGUCAAGGCCAAGGUGACCUUUAAACCAGAUCUGUCCACGGCCGAGGUCCAUGACGAACAUAUCAAAGGACCUCUAAAGGUGGGUGCCGUCGUGGAGGUGAAGAAUCAGGACGGGGUUUACCAGGAGGCCACCAUCAAUAAGCUGACAGACGCCAGUAUAUACACUGUCGUGUUCGAUGAUGGCGAUGAGAAAACUCUUAGGCGUUCUUCUCUCUGCCUGAAAGGGGCGCGUCACUUUGCGGAGAGCGAGACGCUCGACAGGCUCCCGCUCACCAACCCCGAGCACUUCGGUACACCUGUCAUUGGCAAGAAAGGCAACCGUGGCCGGCGAUCUAAUCCAGUUCAAGAAGAAGAGUCGUCUUCAUCCUCCAGUGAGGAAGAGGAGAGCGACCAGAGGCAGAAUGAGGACCUUUUUGGCAAAGUGGUCUGUGUGGAGGGCGUUGCUACGGGAGACAAAAAGAAGACCACAUGGUAUCCUGCACUGGUGAUCUCCCCAGACUGCCAUGAAGAUGUCACAAUGAAGAAAGACAGCAUCUUUGUCCGCUCUUUCAAGGAUGGAAAAUUUUACAUGGUGCUGCGGAAGGACGUGUGUGAGAUCAACAGCGACUCUCUGCCUAAAGCUGACACUGGGCUCAAACCAGCACUGGAUGCGGCCAUGGACUUCCAGCGACAUUUGGCAGUGCCUAGCGCCUGGAGGACAGAGGUGAAAGAGGAGAGCUCCAGCAGUGAGGAGGAGGAGGAGGAGGAGGAAGAAGAGGUGCAGGAAGAAGAUGCCAGCAGCGAAGAGGAGGAGGAGGAAGUGGAGCCAUUCCCAGAAGAGAGGGAGAACUUCCUGCAGCAGCUGUACAAGUUCAUGGAGGACAGAGGAACUCCAAUUAACAAGCGGCCUGUGCUGGGCUAUAGAAACCUCAACCUCUUCAAGCUCUACAGGCUAGUGCACAAACUGGGAGGUUUUGACAAUAUUGAGAGCGGCUCAGUCUGGAAGCAAGUCUAUCAGGACCUGGGAAUCCCUGUGCUCAAUUCAGCCGCUGGCUACAAUGUCAAAUGUGCUUACCGCAAGUACUUGUACGGGUUUGAGGAGUACUGCACCUCCACUGCCAUCACCUUCCGCAUGGACCUCCCACUGAAGCAGGGCCCCAAGGGGGAGCCGAAGCCUGAAGGGGGGGCCGGCAGCAUCGUCCCGGUACUCUCGGGUUGUGGCGAAGAGCGGAAAGUCCACCUUGAAGGGGAGCCCAGCAGUGUGCAGCCUGUAAUCUGCAAGGUGCUUUCUACUCCCAUAGAAGAGGAGAAAACCGAAACGAGCAGGAGCAAAAUGGAGACCGACUCCUCAACGGUCGAGCAGAACAAUGGCGGAAACGACGAUGAUGAGGAUGACGAAGACGAAGAUUCCCUCAAGGGAGAUGCAGACGAAGGGACAUCCAUGACGUGCCUCGGAGCCGAGAACAUCAAGCAGGAGCUUGAGGAGGAGCAAGAACAGGAGCGCAAGAACAACUCUGGGGAUGACAGCAGUCAGGAUGGGGAGGAAGGGGAGGAGUUUGAGUGUUACCCCCCGGGGAUGAAGGUGCAGGUGAGGUAUGGGCGAGGCCGAAAUCUGAAGACGUACGAGGCCACUGUGAAAGAGGCAGACGUGGAGGGGGGAGAGGUGCUCUACCUGGUGCACUACUGUGGCUGGAACGUCAGAUAUGAUGAAUGGAUCAAGGCAGACAAGAUUGUUCGGCCAGCCAAUAAGAAUGUACCAAAAAUCAAACAUCGCAAAAAAAUAAAGAACAAAGCAGAAAGGGAGCGAGACCGACUGGAGAGGCUCAAUGAACGAGAAGACUUCGGACCAUCCCCCAACAACAACCGUGUCCCACGCUCAUCCAAGUCCGGACCUGGUCAGGAUGUCUUUUCUAAGAUGGACGACGGUGAGGACAAAGGGACUCAGCAGUCUCCAGUCAAGUCUAUAGAAAUUACUUCUAUCCUCAAUGGCCUGCAAGCCUCUGAGAUUUCCACAGAUGAGAGUGAGCAUGAGGAUGAAGAAGGAGAGCAUAAUGAAGACAAUAGACCGGGUUGCUGCAGUGGCCUCAGGAAGGGUAUCCCAGAUCCCUCACAAGCAUCAGAUAGUUGGGAGAGCAGGGCCCCUCCUGAAGUAUCCAAAUCUUCUUCAUCCUUGGGCAAGAGCCCAGAUCCGGCCAGUCCAGAGGUACCAGAGGUAGGGAAGCGCCGAAGCCAAACAGAGUUGGAAGGAGAGGCAAGCACCAGGAAAAGGAAAUCGGAAAGUUCGGCAGAGAGGACCCCCAAAGGCCCGUCCAAAGCCAAGACCAGGAAUACCAGAAGUGCAGACUGGUUACCAGGAGGUUCCCCCAGAAAGCACGAGGAGAGAGGUGCCGGGGAAGACAGGGGGGCUUCAUCCAGCAGCAGCUCAGAAGAUGAAGGGGCACCGCGUGCUGAGUCCCAGACCGGGGAAAGUGAGCGAAGCCGGCCAAAAACAAAAGGUUCCCCCUCUAAGAAGUAUAAUGGCAUGAAGGAAAAAACUAAAACUGGCCGACCCGCUGGAUUCUGGGAAAUCCCUGACAAGAGGGUCAAAAUGGCUGGCAGUGGAGAGGAGAGGCCUGCCAUUCGGACCAAGGGCCAAAAGGAUGUGUGGUCUAGCAUCCAGGCCCAGUGGCCCAAGAAAACUCUGAAGGAGUUGUUUUCUGACUCGGAUACAGAAGCUGCGAACUCACCUCCCCCUGCUGUGCCCUCAGGUCUAGAGGAGCCCAGAGCAGAACAAGAUGCAGGGCAGGAGGACGAAGCCUCGGAGGAACAGAUGGACAAUGAGAAACUUCAAGAGUUUCCCAGCAGUGGCAGUAACUCUGUCCUCAAUACUCCACCAACCACACCUGAGUCCCCUUCAUUGGGAGGCAGUACUAUGGAAGACUCUGUCCAAGCACCACCUCCCUCCCCUCCACCGUCCAUGGCGCCCAUCUUGCCUUCAGAAACUGUCCCAGCUGCCCUUCCACCAGCACCCACGCAAGAGGAGGCCGCAGGAGGCCGUAGCGAGACCGACAGCAGUACAGUGGAGGUGGAAAGUCUAGGUGGGGAGCUGCAAGACCUGCCCCAGGAUGAGGAGGCUGCGUCCCCCUCCAAGGCCUUCGACGGUAGCCUCUCCUGCAAUAGCAACUGCAGUUUAGAGCUGAGCAGCAGCAGCCAACAGGAGAGCGAACAGAAAUCCAAAGGUUUGACUGAUGCAUCUGCGAGUCAGAAGCGGCAAAAAGAAUCACAGACAGGUGGCACCUCAAAGAAACACAAGCCUAACCGUAAGAGCCUAGGUGUGCCUCCCAAAAAGAACAGGAAAACAGCCAACAGCAGUGACAGUGAGGAUCAGUCUGUUGUCGAAGGCGCUGCCAAAUCACCGGCAUCUAAGAACAACACACCAGACGUAAAGGCUGCCAUUUUGCCCAAGUGCCCUGGGCGAACUCCGCCUUCGAGCCAUAAAUACCACAAGCAGGGUGACCCUGACCAUGCCCAUCACCGUGAACACCAUGGGAGAACGCCACGCGUCUAUAAGUGGAGUUUCCAGAUGUCGGACUUGGAGAAGAUGAGUAGUCUGGAGAGGAUCUCAUUCCUUCAGGAGAAGCUUCAAGACAUCAGGAACCACUACCUCUCGCUCAAAUCUGAGGUAGCCUCCAUCGACCGACGAAGGAAACGCAUGAAGAAGAAAGAGCGGGAAAGCACAGUGGCUGCUUCCUCCUCUUCCUCCUCCUCCUCCUCCUCCUCACCGUCCUCCAGCUCGUUGACUGCGGCGGUCAUGCUGACCUUGGCGGACCCACCAGUUUCAUCCUCAUCCUCAUCUUCUCAGAACUCGGGGGUAUCAGUGGAGUGCAGGUGACAGGGAGUACCAGCAAGCAGCCACCGCACUAAGCACUUAACCAGCACCAUGGCACCACCUACCCCGCUCUCGGCCAAUGGGACAGACAAGUCAACUUCCACGUUGUAACUCCUGGGGCACAAAAAACCACACUAGAGACAAACUGAGAAACAACAAAACAAGCACUAUUUUCUAUUGACAACUGUUUCUUUGGCAAGCUAAUGGCACUUAAGUGCACUUUUGUGAAGAUUGUGUAAGGGGAAGAAUUUGUCAAAAAAAAAAAAAAGUACACAAUUGUCUUUUGCGCUCUUUAAUUGAUAAACGUUUAUAAGAAUUGUUUUUUGCAAGCAAUAAUUCUUUCCAUUUGAUAAAGUUGUAUUGUCUUGGCUUGGGAAUGAUCUCCUGUGAAGACCCCUCUGCGUUUUGUCCUUUAUAUGCCAAUAUGGCACAGCCAGUGCCAUUUUGUUGAUAGGGAUUCAGAGGAACGGUGGCAUUAAAUGUAGGGCUGGGCGAUAUGGACAAAAUCAAAUAUCACGAUAUUUUUUCGACCGAAUACCUCGAUAUCGAUAUUUUGACGGUAUUGUUGAGAUGACUAUUGGUGCUCUCACAAAAUAUUUUCACAAUGACAUGUUUGAUAAACACUCGUUAGUAAUGUGGAUAUGACGUCCAAACAGGUAGAGAUAUAGAAUAGCUAGAACAGUGUAAUAAAUUCAGAAAAUUGCAUCUUUUUAUCAGUCAUAGUGCCAACAUUCAAAGUUCCGACUCUCACCUCCACACUCCUGCUCUCCCACUGCCUCUGGACAUGCCUUCCCCCUCUCCUUCUCCUUUGCUCAACAGUAGCAUAGUUUCCACCGGCACCCUGCUGACCAACCGUACUGGUGGUGGUCAUUGGUAACCCAUGCUUUCAUGGUAACCCUCAUUUCAUUUUUAACAUGUGCCUGCACAUUGUUUUUAAUGACAGUAAAUUGAAUUGAAUGCUUUGACUGAUCCGGUAUGGAAAUCUGAUUUAUGAUCCGCAUAUUUGAUUUGGCAAAGAUUUUACACCGGAUGCCGUCCCUGACGCAACCCUCCCCAUUUAUCCGGGCUUGGGACCGGCACUAAGAAUGCACUGGCUCGUGCAUCCUCAGUGGCUGGGUUGCAUCUUUUUACUGUAAUGCAGCCUUUAAAUCCAGGAAAAGACAACUCUUAUGUCAUAUCACGAUAUCCAAAACCCUAGACAAUAUCUAGUCUUAUAUCACGAUAUCGAUAAAAUAUCGAUCUAUUGCCCAGCCCUAACAAAAUGUAACUUUGUCACAUGUUUCUCCGUCUGUCCUCAACUCUUAAAGGCCUUCAUACGGUGUAUAAACCACACACGGUUGACUAUUCUCCACCCACGUACAGGAACGACGUCCUGUACAUGUUUGCAUCAAGUGAGUAGGUGGUGAAGGAUUGGGAUUUAGAUCAUUAUAUAUCCGCUGACAGCCACAGUGGAUGAAUCUGGAAUGAUACUGUAGUGCCUUUCUGUUCUUUUCUACGGGGCACUUUGAGAAAGGACAGCACUUUACCUGGUCCUACUCUCAAAUCAAAGGGUCAACUGAGCAUAUUGUGACUCUUCCAAAAGGCUGAAGAAUACUGUAUGAAUAAGCAGGCAGUCAAGGGCUGUGCCUGACAGAUAAUGACGGUCUCUAUCAGAAUAUGGUAAUAUUUGACAUGAUUGUGAAAGAUGAAGCAGAGCUCCUAUACUGGGUCACCCAUAAUCUACUACUGAAUACUCACCCCGCUUGGGCACAACCUUUGUUUGGCAGUAUAAAAUGUGCAAUGAACGGUGGCAGGUGUAAUGGUUACAUUUCCUCAGUUUUUCAGUCUUUUGAAAUGCCUUUGCUCUUUUCUCAACAAGUGUUUUAUUCUGAAUACUUAUUUAAUCAUCCGCUCAAAUCGUUAAGAUUGAGUGCACUUGUAAGAGUUUGACUGUACAAUUCUACAGUCGGAUUAGCUUAUAUUUACAUGCAGCCACGAGAGGUAUUUACACUAUUGUGUGUACCCCCGAACAAACGAACUGAAAUCACCACCCCCAAAACUGCAAUAGUCGGCAGAUCAAAAAGUCAAUUGUUUUGAUUUUAAGUUAAAGCCCCCCUCCCCUUUCACAUUUAAUCGGUAAUGACGUGCCGGUUUUCUCACCAUCCGUUUUAAGCAGACUUCUUCUACUCCUCCCUACCAAAAAAAAAAAUAUGUUAGGUUCUGUUCCGUAUACUAUGACCAGAAUAACGAUAAAGAUAUUGUAAAUGUGCAUUUAUAACAGUGACGUAUGUGUAUACAUUUCCAGAGACAUCUCCAGUGUUUCCUCUGUAUAGACUCCCUACUGUACGAUAACCCGAGGUUAUGUUUUGUUUGGCACUUGUAUGUAACUGUAUGCUUUUUGUUAUACAUUUGUAUAUUGAGAAGUGUUUGGAGUCGAGCUAUUUAAUAUCUUGCACUGUUAAUAACGUGUACUUUUCUGUACAGACAGUUUUAUGGGUUUAACUGUAGUUUCAGUGUAAAUACUGAGCAUGACUGCCCCCCCCUCCCUUUGCCCCUCACUCUCGUCCCCUUGUUGGGGCGGUUCUCCUUUAUUUUGUUUUGUUUGGGGUUUUCUCUGUCGCUUUAAAGAACUUUGUGUCCCCCUCACCCCCUUUAAAAGUUUGUUUUGGUUUUGUUUAGUUCGUAUGGAGUGUCCUCUGUGUUAACUUGUGCUUGUACCGGAAGUGAGUCGUGGAGUUCGCCAUCCGGGCCCCUCGGCUGAGGCGGAGACGGGCCCGGAAUGGGGGGGGGGACGGUUUGAAUCACAGUAUGAGAGAACGAGAUGGGGUUCCUUUGAAAAAAGCUUUUUAGUAUUUAUUAGGGUCGUCUAACGACGGCCAUUGUGUAAUUUAUUGUACAAAUGUAAGCAAAACAGAAGCCUCUGUUUGAAAUAAAUGCCAUAGUUUGUGAAGUA